CGAUACAAUUCUUGUAUAAAUACUCGGAUUUUCUAUUGAGAUUUCAGUCCUUGUGUUACGAGGAUCACAAAACACCACCAUGCUUCGAGUUGUCCUUGUCGUUGCUCUUGCAGCCGUGGCUGUCCAAGCCACCUCAAUGGCCCGUCUUCAAAGGAAGAUGAUGCCCCACGAGAGGAUUGUUGGCGGCGACGAGGUUGAGCCCAAUUCCAUUCCCUUCCAGGUUUCAUUCCAAAGCACCUCCGGAUUCCACUUUUGUGGUGGUUCCGUCAUCAGCGCCAGCACCAUCUUGACCGCCGCUCAUUGUUGCCGUGGAGAGACCCCAUCUGGUGUGCAAGUCGUUGCUGGAGACCACAACUUGUUCGAAGAUGAAGGAACUGAGCAACUUGUCACAGUAUCCGAUAUCAUCAUCUAUGAAGAUUACGACUCCUUUGAGCACAGUGGUGAUGUGUGUCUUCUGAUUUUGUCCGCUCCUUUGGAUUUGAAUGCCCAAGUUGCUCCGGUGGAUUUGCCUGCACAGGGACAAGAGUUCGCUGAAGGAUCUGACGCCAUUGUCUCCGGUUGGGGUACCCUUACUUCCGGUGGCAGCAGCCCUGAUGUUCUUUACAGCGUGACCGUUCCCGUCGUCUCCCCAGACGCCUGCCAAGAAGAUUACGGUGUCUCUUCCAUCACUCCUGACAUGAUUUGCGCCGGUGCUGAGGGUUUCGACUCGUGCCAAGGUGACUCCGGUGGCCCAAUGACUUGUGACGGAUUAAGCUGUGGUGUUGUGUCUUGGGGACGAGGAUGCGCUCUUGCUGGUUAUCCCGGAGUCUACGCCAAGACCUCUGCUUUCACAGACUGGAUCAUGGACAACAUGAAGUAAACUUGCGAUCAAUAAAUUCCAUUGAUGAAUUUGGACCCAAAUUCGCAUGGCAGACUUGGAA